AUGUCCCAGCAAUACACACGGCCAGUGACGGUCCCUGCUACCCUCACUGAGGAACUCCCCCAAACUGCUUCUCCUUCAGCCCAUACGGAGCAGGAGCAAACGAAGCAGCCCACAUCCCUGCCUCCUCCGUGCCAGAAGGUGCCCUCUGAGUCCCCGGGGGAGGGCCCUUCCAAGCAGAAGGAGGAACACACAGCUCUCGCGAAGGGGCUGCCUGAGCAAGAGUGUGAGCAGCCGCAGCAGCAAAGAGAGCCCCAGGGGCAGGAAGUGCAUCUGGGCCUGCAGCAGCAGGAGCACCAAGCUCCUCAGCAGCAGGAAGUGCACCUGGGACAGCAGCAGCAGGAGCAGCCCCAGCAGCAGCAGGAGCAGCCACAGGAGCAGGAACCGCAUCUGGGACAGCAGCAGCAGCAGCAGCAGGGACCACAGGAGCAGGAGCUGCAUCUGGGAAAGCAGCAGCAGCAGCAGGGACCACAGGAGCAGGAGCUGCAUGUGGGACAGCAGAAGCAUCAGAAGCCACAGGAACAGGAGCUGCAUUUGGGAAAACAGCAGGAGGAGCCACAGGAGCAGGAGCUGCAUCUGGGACAGCAGCAGCAACAUCAGGGACCACAGGAGCAGGAGCUGCAUCUGGGAAAGCAGCAGCAUCUGAAGCCACAGGAACAGGAGCUGCAUCUGGGACAGCAGCAACUGCAGCAGGGACCACAGAAGCAGGAGCCACAGGAGCAGGAGCUGCAUCUGGGCAAGAAGCAGAAGGAGGAGCCACAGGAGCAGGAGCUGAAUCUGGGAAAGCAAAAGCAUCAGAAGCCACAGGAGCAGGAGCUGCAUUUGGGAAAGCAACAGAAGGAGGAGCCACAGGAUCAGGAACUGCAUCUGGGACACCUGCAGCAUCAGGGACCACAGGAUCAGGAGCUGCAUCUGGGACAGCAGAAACCACAGGAGCCACAGGAGCAGGAGCUGCAUGUGGGACAGCAGCAGCAGCAGGGACCACAAGAGCAGGAGCAGCAUGAGGGACAGCAGCAGCAGCAGCAGGGCCACCCACAGGAGCAGGAGCUGCAUCUAGGACAGCAGCAGCAGCAGCAGGGACCACAAGAGCAGGAGCUGCAUGUGGGACAGCAGCAGCAGCAGCAGGGCCACCCACAGGAGCAGGAGCUGCAUCUAGGACAGCAGCAGCAGCAGGGACCACAGGAGCAGGAGCUGCAUGAGGGACAGCAGCAUCAGCAGCAGGGCCACCCACAGGAACAGGAGCUGCAUGUGGGACAGCAGCAGCAGCAGCAGGGCCACCCACAGGAGCAGGAACUGCAUGUGGGACAGCAGCAGCAGCAGGGCCAGCCACAGCAUGAAGAACCCCAAGGAGCAAAAAUUCUGGAGCAAGAGGAAACACAAAGGGAGCAGCAGCUUAAGGAGCAUCUGAGACAGGAUCAGGAACUGGAGUGCCUGGAGCCGCAGGAGGAGCAUCUGGAGCAGCCCGGGUUUGUCCCAGGCCCUGCCCAGGUCCAAGAGAUCCAGCCAGUCCCGGCACUGAAGGGAGAACUUCUCGCACCCUGCAGGGAAACAGCAGCAGGAGCAGGUGUUGACAUGACCAAACUUAAGUAG